AUGAAGCUCCUGAUUUUUGCACUGGUGGCUGCCGCAUCCGCUGCCCCACAGGGAUACAACCUACCAACGCCCUCCGGCCCAUCCUUUAACGCCGGCGGUUGUGGCGGUGGACAAGUGCAACACGUGGAUGGCAGCUGCGUCACACCUCAAGUGAACAGUCGUGUGUUCUUGUAUGACGUGCCGCCAAAUCAGGCAUCUUCCAGUCGGCCAGCGUACGUUCCCAAACCUAAACUGGAACGGAAUAUUGUUUUCGUGAGACUUCCUGAUGGUGCUCAAGGACCAGAACCCAUCGUGGUUCCUCCUCCCAGGCAGCAACACGUCUUAUUCGUCCUUAACAAGCAGUCGGAACAAGGUCAACAGGUGAUCGAGGUGCCAGCGCCACCGCCUUCGGAUCCCGAAGUAUUCUUUGUGAACUACGCUGAAGGAGAGAACCCAACUCUUCCUGGUGGAGUAGACCUCCAAACGGCGCUUGGUGCUGCCUCUCAAGGUGGCGGUCAAGUUGUGGGAGGUGGUGGUGGUAUCGGAGGCGGAAUCGGAGGUGGAAUCGGAGGAGGUAAUGGAGGAGGUAUUGGUGGUGGUAUUGGAGGCGGAAUCGGAGGUGGCAUUGGAGGCGGAAUCGGAGGUGGUAUUGGAGGCGGAAUUGGAGAGGCGGAAUCGGAGGUGGUAUUGGAGGCGGAAUCGGAGGUGGCAUCGGUGGUGGUAUUGGAGGUGGAAGUGGCAUCGGCGGUGGAAGCUAUAGUCCUCCUGCGCCUUCCACACUUUACAGUGGACCAUAAAGGAUACACUAAAUGA